ACAUCAUCGUAUUUGGUAAAGGGCCAUUUUGGUAAUUUCCUCACCCAUGCAAAGGGGUCGACGACGAUCUUGCAAGAAAUUAUAAAGCUCCAAUUAAGAUUGUGAUCGAUCGCGCCAGAGAUGGAUUUUCUUGAGGCCUUUUUCAUCGUCGUUUUGCUGGCCGCCGGAAGCCCCGCGACGGCGACAUUGGGUGGGUUUUCCGGCGGGAGGGAAGAUUUGGUGAAGUGGGCUGGUUAUGGAGACGAGAAGCUGUCCACCGUCGUCAUCGGUGGGAAGCUUCUCUGCCAUGGCAAUGCUGCUGCUACUGCUCUUCAUCCCUAUCCUAUCUCAGGCGCAACGGUGGCUGUAAUGUGCGGAACAAAGGCAAAGGCGAAGAAAUUGUGGUUGGGCCGAGCCCGGACGGAUAGACAUGGAGAAUUCGCGAUGGAUAUUCCGUCGCAUCUCCACGCGAUUCCGAAUUUGGAGAAGAUUUGUCGUGUUAAGGUUGUCAGUCUUCCCUGGAGGUCGGCUUGCCGGCAUGCGUGCACGAGGAAGCUCAGGCGGAUAGAAUUGGCGGCGACGCGCGAAGGUAUCCGCACGUACACCGCUCACGACAUACACUUGAUGCCUCGAAAGCUCACGUGAAAAGCAUGUGCCUUCAUCAUCAAUAAAAUGUAUUUGCACCUUAGUCUCGAUGGCGCUUUAGUCACAGACUGACUAAGGGAUUCUUGCAUUCAUAUUCAUAAUGUUUUUUUUUUUUUUCUUUUUUUUUUUGUUUCGUGUCGUGUAAAUUUGAUUAUACUGAUGUGUAUAUAUAUAAUAUAUAUAAAACUUUGUGUGUUCUUGUUUGCUGAACAAGAAAUAAUAAUUUCAACAAAA